CUCUCUCUCUCUCUCUCUCUCUCCACCAUUGACUCUCUCUCUCUCUCUCUAUCUCGCUCUUGAAUCAUCCUUUAUUUCUGUGACUGUGUGCACUUUCAGAGAAAGAGAGAGAGAGAGAGGCCAACCAUACCAUACACAAAGAAAAAAAAAAAAAUAAUAAAAAAAAGAAAGGUUGUGGCUUGCUGCUGAAUCAAUACCAUCACCAUUUCUACAAUACUCCCCUCACUAUUCCCCCCUUUCCCCUUCAUCUCUGUUUUGUUUUUCCAUCAAAGUCUGUGUUUUUAAUCCGAUUUGCCUCUGAGUAGUAUCAUCCUCUGUUGUUGUUGUUGUUGUUAUGGUCUCUGGAUCUCUAAGAAUCAAGCUUUACUGAGUUGCUGCCCCAUUUUCAAAUCGAUCUGUGAAAAUCCCAAAAUAGUGUUAGCCCGUCUGUGUUCAGACCAAAAUAUGAACACCGGUGGUCGUUUAAUCGCCGGUUCUCACAACAGGAAUGAGUUUGUCCUCAUUAAUGCCGAUGAGAAUGCCAGAAUAAGAUCAGUGCAAGAGCUGAGUGGACAGACAUGUCAAAUCUGCAGAGACGAGAUCGAAUUGACUGUGGAUGGAGAACCCUUUGUGGCGUGUAAUGAAUGUGCUUUCCCUGUGUGUAGACCUUGCUAUGAGUAUGAGAGACGAGAAGGCAAUAAAGCUUGUCCACAAUGCAAAACCCGUUACAAACGUCUUAAAGGAAGUCCUAGGGUUGAAGGUGAUGAAGAGGAAGAUGACAUUGAUGAUUUAGACAAUGAGUUUGAGUAUGGGAGCAAUGGGAUGGGAUUUGAUCAGGUUUCUGAAAAUAUGUCAAUCUCUCGUCGCACCUCUGGUUUCCCACAGUCUGAUCUUGAUUCAGCUCCACCUGGCUCUCAGAUUCCAUUGCUUACUUAUGGCGAUGAGGACGUUGAGAUUUCUUCUGAUAGACAUGCACUUAUUGUUCCUCCUUCACUUGGUGGUCAUGGCAAUAGAGUUCAUCCGGUUUCUCUUGCUGACCCGGCCGUCGCUGCACAUCCAAGACCUAUGGUACCUCAGAAAGAUCUUGCAGUUUAUGGUUAUGGAAGUGUUGCUUGGAAAGAUCGGAUGGAGGAAUGGAAGAGAAAGCAGAAUGAGAAACUUCAGGUGGUUAAGCAUGAAGGAGAUCCUGAUUUUGAAGAUGGCGAUGAUGCUGAUUUCCCAAUGAUGGAUGAGGGAAGGCAGCCAUUGUCUAGGAAGAUACCAAUCAAAUCUAGCAAGAUUAAUCCAUACCGGAUGUUAAUUGUUCUACGUCUUGUGAUUCUUGGUCUCUUUUUUCACUACCGUAUUCUUCACCCUGUCAAAGAUGCAUACGCCUUGUGGCUUAUUUCUGUUAUAUGUGAGAUAUGGUUUGCGGUUUCAUGGGUUCUUGAUCAGUUCCCUAAAUGGUACCCGAUUGAGCGAGAAACAUACUUGGACCGACUCUCAUUAAGAUAUGAGAAAGAAGGGAAACCGUCCGGACUAUCCCCUGUGGACGUAUUUGUCAGUACAGUGGAUCCAUUGAAAGAGCCUCCGCUUAUUACUGCAAAUACUGUCUUGUCUAUUCUUGCGGUUGAUUAUCCUGUCGAUAAGGUUGCUUGUUAUGUAUCUGAUGAUGGUGCUGCCAUGCUAACUUUCGAAGCUCUUUCUGAGACUGCGGAAUUCGCAAGGAAAUGGGUUCCUUUCUGUAAGAAAUACUGUAUCGAGCCUCGUGCUCCUGAAUGGUAUUUCUGCCAUAAAAUGGACUACUUAAAGAAUAAAGUUCAUCCUGCAUUUGUCAGGGAGCGACGAGCCAUGAAGAGAGAUUAUGAAGAAUUCAAAGUAAAGAUCAAUGCUUUAGUGGCGACAGCACAGAAAGUGCCUGAGGAUGGUUGGACUAUGCAAGACGGUACACCUUGGCCCGGUAAUAGUGUGCGAGAUCAUCCCGGCAUGAUUCAGGUCUUCCUUGGAAGUGACGGUGUUCGUGAUGUCGAAAACAAUGAGUUGCCUCGAUUAGUUUAUGUUUCUCGUGAGAAGAGACCAGGAUUUGAUCACCACAAGAAGGCUGGAGCUAUGAAUUCCCUGGUAAAUGAUCUACUUUUUAAACCUCUAAAACUUUUUCUUUGUAAAUUCAUAUAUACAUUGCCCAUUUAUUGUUGCAGAUAUGAGAAAGAAGGANAAGCUCUUAGAGAAGCAAUGUGUUUCAUGAUGGAUCCUCAGUCAGGAAAGAAAAUCUGUUAUGUUCAAUUCCCUCAAAGAUUCGAUGGUAUUGAUAGGCACGAUCGAUACUCAAAUCGCAAUGUUGUGUUCUUUGAUAUCAAUAUGAAAGGUUUGGAUGGGCUACAAGGGCCUAUAUACGUCGGGACGGGUUGUGUUUUCAGGAGGCAAGCGCUUUAUGGCUUUGAUGCACCGAAGAAGAAGAAGGCUCCACGUAAGACAUGCAAUUGCUGGCCAAAAUGGUGUUUCAUGUGUUGUGGUUCAAGAAAGAACCGUAAAGCAAAGACAGUGGCUGCGGAUAAGAAGAAGAAGAAUAGGGAAGCGUCGAAGCAGAUUCACGCAUUAGAAAAUAUUGAAGAGGGCAGCAUCACUAAAGGCUCUAAUGUAGAACAAUCAACCGAGGCGAUGCAAUUGAAGUUGGAGAAGAAAUUUGGGCAGUCUCCCGUUUUUGUUGCAUCUGCUCGUAUGGAGCAUGGUGGGAUGGCUAGAAACGCAAGCCCAGCUUGUCUGCUUAAAGAAGCCAUCCAAGUCAUUAGUUGUGGAUAUGAAGAUAAAACUGAAUGGGGAAAAGAGAUCGGGUGGAUCUACGGUUCUGUUACAGAAGAUAUUCUUACGGGUUUCAAGAUGCAUUCUCAUGGUUGGAGGUCUGUUUAUUGUACACCUAAGUUAGCGGCAUUCAAAGGAUCAGCUCCAAUCAAUCUUUCAGAUCGUCUCCAUCAAGUUCUUCGAUGGGCGCUUGGGUCAGUUGAGAUUUUCUUGAGUAGGCAUUGUCCUAUUUGGUAUGGUUAUGGAGGUGGUUUGAAAUGGCUUGAGAGGUUGUCCUACAUUAACUCCGUGGUUUACCCAUGGACCUCUCUCCCCCUCAUUGUUUACUGUUCUCUCCCCGCCAUCUGUCUUCUCACUGGAAAAUUUAUUGUUCCCGAGAUUAGCAACUAUGCGAGUAUCCUCUUCAUGGCGCUCUUCACGUCGAUUGCAGUAACGGGUAUACUUGAGAUGCAAUGGGGCAAAGUUGGGAUCGAUGAUUGGUGGAGAAACGAACAGUUUUGGGUCAUUGGUGGUGUUUCCGCGCAUCUGUUUGCUCUCUUCCAAGGUCUCCUCAAGGUUCUUGCUGGUGUGGACACUAACUUCACAGUCACAUCAAAAGCAGCUGAUGACGGCGAGUUCUCUGACCUUUACCUCUUCAAAUGGACUUCUCUUCUCAUCCCUCCAACGACUCUUCUCAUCAUAAACGUCAUCGGAGUCAUAGUUGGAAUCUCUGAUGCCAUCAGCAACGGAUAUGACUCGUGGGGACCGCUUUUCGGGAGAUUGUUCUUUGCACUUUGGGUCAUCAUUCAUCUUUACCCAUUCCUUAAAGGUUUGCUUGGGAAACAAGAUAGAAUGCCGACCAUUAUUGUUGUCUGGUCCAUCCUCCUCGCCUCGAUUCUUACACUUCUUUGGGUUCGGGUUAAUCCGUUUGUGGCCAAAGGCGGUCCUAUUCUUGAGAUAUGCGGGUUAGACUGCUUGUGAUUUGAUUGAUGGAUCAAUUGGUGAAAAAUGGUUUAAUUCCCACGGAUCAAGAGAGGUAAGUAAGAGAGAUAUUGUUUACCUCUAAAGACUCCUUCAUUGUGUUCAUUAGAUGAUGAAAAAGAAAAAAGAAUUUAAUUUUGUUACGAGAUUGUUAUUUUUUGCAAGAAUGUGUUGUAGAUAUAGAUGAAAAAAAAAAGAAGGUUGUUGUCUAUUUGUUUUGUUCUUUGGUGGUGAGAGAAAAGAUUUGUCAAAUUAUUCUUUAAUUGAAUAUUUCUGAUCUCUUUUGAAUAUUACAUAAGAGGAGUUUCAAUUUGUAAUCUUUUAUGAUAAAAGAACUUUAAUUUA